UUGAGGCAUCUCUGCCACAUGUUACUAUGACGUCAUAAGCACGAUCGAUGUAAUCGAUCACUGCAAUCUCUAGACACGUGCUGACAAUAUCAAGGCUGACUGUAUUUUCCAAUCAAGUUCAUCAAUGAAAUGGAGGAAAGUUAUAUCCGAGAGCUGGAAAUCGAGUCGAUAUCGAAAGUUUUACGGUUCCAUCAAAAACUAGAAGGCGAUGUCAGCUGCGUCGUGUGGGACGCGGCUAUUGUUUUGGCGAAAUAUUUGGAAACGCUUUGCCAGACCAAUACCAAAUUUUUGGUAAACAAAAAUGUGAUUGAACUGGGCGCAGGAGUCGGAUGUGUGGGAAUUACAGCGGCCUGUUUGGGAGCCAAUGUCCUGCUAACAGACCUUCCUGUUGCUAUCCCACUCAUGUCUAAAAAUGUAGAAACGAAUAAGGUAGCAUGGCAACAAUCCCAAGGAAAUGUGGAAACUAUGACUUUGACCUGGGGCGAGGAAGCAAAUAUCAAAUGUUCUCCUGAUAUUAUAUUACUGACGGACUGUGUCUAUUAUAAAGAGUCCAUCGAUUCAUUGGUCAUAACCUUGAAAGAACUAGCAAUGGAUGACACAACAAUUUUUUUAACGCAGGAGUUGAGAGAUACAGAGAAACAGAAAAAUUGCUGGGAAUAUUUUGUGAACCAUAUCAAAGAUUAUUUCGAGUUUCACCUCGUACCAAGAGAAGAACAAAACCCUGAAUUCAACAGUGCAGAUAUAGUCUUAAUCAAGCUAGUUAAGAUAUAGCUUGCAAAGUGUAUUAUAUUGUUAAAAAUGUAAUGGAACAAAGAAUUUCAAUUCCAUUAAAUUCUUCAGGAGAAUAUAA